UCCCCCUUUUCCGGCAUUUUGGCCUCAGCCCGGCCUCCCUGCCUCCACCCCGGGGAGGGUGGUGCAAAGCGGGUGGUGCUCAGCGGGGUUUGGGGCUGGCCCUUUCCUUCCCAAACCUGUCCCCAAAGCCCCCCGCUGGGGGACCGGGUCUGGGGGAGUCUUGGGGAGAUGCUGGGCACCAUGCAGCCGGCAGCCAGCGCCUUUCCCCCGGACGAUGAGCCCCUGCUGGAGGAGCCUUCGGUGAACAGACCCGGCGGGCGAAAGCCGGGCGAGCACCCCAAUGGGGUUUACGUGAUUUUUUUCCUGCUGGGCAUCGGUUCCCUGCUGCCCUGGAAUUUUUUCAUCACCGCCAAGCACUACUGGGCAUACAAGCUGCAAAACUGCUCCGAGCAAGCGGGACGGGCGCCCUCGGACCUGCGGGACUAUUUUGAGAGUUACAUCUCCAUCGCUUCCACCGUGCCCUCGGUGCUGUGCCUGGUCGGAAACUUCCUGCUGGUCAACAAGGUGCCCGCCAGCGUCCGCAUCCUGGCCUCGCUCUUCGUCAUGCUCUCCGUCUUCCUGGUGAUCACGGUGCUGGUGAAGGUGGACACGUCCACCUGGACCCCCCUCUUCUUCGGCCUCACCCUCGCCUGCGUGGCCGUGGUCAGCGGCGCCUCCACCGUCUUCUCCAGCAGCAUCCUGGGCCUGAGCAGCCGCUUCCCCAUGAGGAACUCGCAGGCACUGAUCUCAGGUCAGGCCAUGGGCGGCACGCUCAGUGCCAUCGCGUCCCUCGUCGACCUGGCGGCGGCGGCCAACGUGACCGACAGCGCCCUGGCUUACUUCCUCACCGCCGACAUCUUCAUCGUCGUCUGCAUCAUGGUCUACCUCCUGCUGCCCCGCCUGCAGUACUCCAGGUAUUACUUGAGAAGCCACCAGGAGAGCCCGUCCCCGGCCACCGCACUGCCUGGUGGCCCCGUGGGGGACGCGGCAGGACCAGGAGGCACCGCGCCGCUGCCCAGCAUCCCCCCGCUGCGCCCCAUCCUACGUAAGACGGCCACCCUGGGCUUCUGCCUCUUCUACGUCUUCUUCAUCUCCAUCAUCAUCUUCCCGUCCCUCUCCUCCAACAUCGAGUCCGUCCAGAAGGCCUCGGGGAGCCCGUGGAGCACCAAGUACUUCGUGCCCCUCACCAGCUUCCUCCUCUACAACUUCGCCGACUGGUGCGGGCGGCAGAUCACCGCCUGGAUCCAGGCGCCCGGCCCCAACAGCAAGCUGCUGCCCGCCCUGGUCCUCCUCAGGACCAUCUUCCUCCCCCUCUUCAUCCUCAGCAACUACCAGCCCCGGGCUCGCAUCCGGACGGUGCUCUUUGCCCGCGACGCCUACCCGGUGGCCUUCACGGCGCUGCUGGGGCUCAGCAACGGCUACCUGGGCACGCUGGCCAUCGUCUACGGCCCCAAAAUCGUGCCGAAGGAGCUGGCCGAGGCAGCGGGGGUGGUGAUGACGUUGUACCUGGUGCUGGGGCUGGCCCUGGGCUCCGCGUGCUCCGCGCUCGUCGUGCACCUCAUCUAGAGCCGCCCCCGAGGACGAGCUGGGGACCAAAGCCAAGGGACCAAACAGCCCCGGGCUCAGGGGGACACCCGAGUGGCCAAAGAGACCUCUCCCUCCUUAAAAUGCGGGCAUCGUUUCGGGGGGAUUUCCUCGAGGAAAGGGAAUUCCUGGCGUGGGCGAGGGCAACUUCCUCACUUGCACUUCUGCUUGCUUGCGUUGUUCCAUCCGAGAGCAGCCCGUGGCUGUUGGGCUCCCCGUGCCGCCGGGUGCAGCCGUGAAUGGGCUCAUUCCAGCAGGAGGACCCCAAAUGCCUGCGGGGGUGAGGUGCUGGGGCACCCAGAGGGCUUCAAAGCCACUUAAACUGCUCUGUGCAAGCACAGCCCGGGCUACAGGCAAUUCUUGUAUUUAUUUUCUCAAAUUUAUGGGCCGGGAGAGGUGAGGCAGUGGCAUAGCUUGGCAUUACAGCUGCUGCCUCAGGUGAAUAGCCGUGGAAAACCUUUCCUGUAAGACCUGGUGACUAAAAUAGUUGGAAGAAUAACAGAUCUCUCUUAUUUUCUUCGUAGCCCACUGGGUUUAACCCCAGGCCACUUACAGAGAUGAAGCUGAUGCUUGGCAUCGUUUGGGCUCCGGGGCGAUGCACGUGCAGCUUUGCUUUACGGGUGAUUUUUUUUAUUAUUAUUUUUAAAUCAUAAAAUCCUGACACGGGUGGAAAACUUACAGGGCACGUGGUACAGAGGCUGAGCUGUACGGCCCACGACUUUGCACACAGAGGCUCUGCAGUGCACGAGCACUGGUGAUGGCUUUAAUAUUUCCCUGGUGGGACACUGACUCGCUCUGGGUGCAAGAUGCUUCUUGCCUGCAGGUGUGAAAUUGUUUCCGAGAUGGAAAUACCCAGGGCUGAGCACCUGCAGGUGGCAUCUCAAAUAUUCAAGUCUUCAGCUUCAGGUGGCCUCGGUGGGCUUUUAGGGGGAGAGGUCUCGUGCUGGGCAGGUUCCUGAACUGCCCGGUGCCAGGUCAGGAGGUCCUGCUAAUUACGGGCUGCUCCGCUCAUCCUCUCCGUGAUGUUACAGAGGGAAGUGACCAGAUACCUCUCCAGACAGGACUUGAUUGUCACUAAUAAAGUUAAUUCUUGAUACUGUGUAA